CGGUUACUAAUGACCUCGAUGUCGACAGGACGUUAGGUUCUUGGUAAAAUAUUUUAUACAGUAGGAAUGAAAACACACACAUUGAUGUAAUACUCUACAGUGUGGUAGAAUAUUAAACAAGUGUUAUGUGUGUUUUCAUUCAUAAUACAUAAUACAUGGCAGUCUUUCAGCGGCUUCCGACCCUUAGUACCUUACGCAGUUUGCGAAAACAAGGUGCUCUGAAAUUUAAUUGGUUCCCGAGAACAGUGUUCUCAACACGUUAUUUGUGCUCUUCUCUCGAGUGCAGUUAAGGGCGGCACAUUCCAAACAAACAGAAUGAACUUUCGUAGGGCUUGAUUAUCACAGCCUGAUAUGAACAGCUUUUAACAGUAGGUCGUAGUAAUUGUCUGAGUCUCCGCGGGUUGUGAAAAAUCGCCUGUUACUUGGCAAAUAGUAAAUAAAACAACGGUCAACAUGUUCUUUACACACAUAUUGACAAAAGCACUUUGCGGUUGUUACACAGGACUGACACGAAAGUAUCGUAACAGUAAUAAAUUUAUCUUAAACUGCUAUAGCACGGUUACGAAGGAGCAAAAAGUUAAUGUUGGAGAACAAGUUAUUAACUAUUUGAAAGUCGGUACGGGACAGCAUCAUUUAUUGCUUCUACCGGGGGCCCUAGGUUCCAUUUGGACUGAUUUUAAGCCGCAAGUAGAAGGUGGCUUAAGCCAGUCAAAAUACACUAUUAUAGCAUGGGAUCCUCCAGGCUAUGGGCACAGCCAACCUCCUCCACGUGACUUCCCACCAGAUUUCUUCUUCAGGGAUGCAACUUGUGCAGCCAAGCUCAUGGAAGUACUGAAUAUCAACAAAUACUCACUUCUGGGAUGGAGUGAUGGAGGUAUCACAGCACUAAUAAUGGCCGGCAAAUAUCCCCAAAAUGUCAACAAAUUAAUUGUUUGGGGUGCAAAUGCUUUCAUCAGUGCUGAAGAUGCUGAAAUUUACAAAGGUAUCCGUGAUGUUAGUGCAAUGUCAGAACGCUAUCGGAAACCCAUGGAAGAUCUGUAUGGGGUAAAAGGAUUUGCAGACUUAUGGGCUGCAUGGGUGGAUGCAAUGGUACGCAUGCAACGUGAGCAGGUAAAUGGGGACAUCUGUCGUUGGCUGUUACCACUGAUUCGCUGCCCAACACUUGUGAUCCAUGGGGCAAAGGAUCCAAUGGUACCUGAAUUUCAUCCUGCACUUCUAGUCUCCAAUAUACCUGGUGCCAAGAAAUAUGUUUUCAAGGAUGGGAAACAUAAUGUGCACUUGCGAUAUGCAGAAGAUUUCAACAAGCUGGUAGAAAAUUUCCUUGAUGAAUAAGUAACUGUUAUUACAGUUGUACUGUAUAAAACAUAUGGUCAUCCUACGCAGUUGCUCUUGUUGUGAAGUUAAAAGUAUUUUAAUACAGUGUAUUAAAUGUUUUUUAUUAGUGUUUUAAAUAUUUGAUAAUUAUAUAUAUAUAUAAAAAUAUAAGACUGAUGAGAAAUUU